CGCGGCCGCGGCCGAGGCGCCCGGCGCCGGCGCCGGCAUGGAACGCUCUCAGAGCCGCCUCAGCCUGUCCGCCUCCUUCGAGGCGCUCGCCAUCUACUUCCCGUGCAUGAACUCCUUCGACGACGAGGACGCGGGGGACAGCCGGAGACUGAAGGGGGCCAUCCAGAGGAGCACGGAGACGGGCCUGGCCGUGGAGAUGCCCAGCCGGACGCUGCGCCAGGCCAGCCACGAGUCCAUUGAGGACAGCAUGAACAGCUACGGCUCGGAGGGCAACCUCAACUAUGGAGGAGUUUGCCUGGCAUCUGACGCCCAGUUCAGUGACUUUCUGGGCAGUAUGGGGCCAGCGCAGUUUGUGGGCCGCCAGACCCUGGCCACCACACCAAUGGGGGACGUGGAGAUUGGCCUGCAGGAGCGGAAUGGUCAGCUCGAAGUGGACAUCAUCCAGGCUCGGGGACUGACGGCCAAGCCAGGCUCAAAGACACUGCCAGCGGCCUACAUCAAGGCCUACCUGCUAGAGAACGGCAUCUGCGUUGCCAAAAAGAAGACCAAAGUUGCUCGCAAGUCCCUGGACCCGCUGUACAACCAGGUGCUGCUGUUUCCCGAGAGUCCCCAGGGCAAAGUCCUGCAGGUGAUCGUGUGGGGGAACUACGGGCGGAUGGAGCGGAAGCAGUUCAUGGGUGUGGCCCGGGUGCUGCUGGAGGAGCUGGACUUGACCACUCUGGCCGUGGGCUGGUACAAGCUCUUCCCCACCUCCUCCAUGGUGGACCCAGCUGCGGGCCCCCUGCUCCGGCAGGCAUCCCAGUUGUCCCUCGAGAGCACCGUGGGGCCCUGCGGCGAGCGAUCUUAGUGCCAGGGAUGGGGAGGGGCUACCCAAGGCAGCCUGGAGACCACCCAGCUCUGACCUGGGACCCCAGGCCCAGGGGCACACUGGACAGAGGAGGACGGGGUUCUCCCCCACAGCGGGGAAGCAGAAAGGGGAGACCUACCCCCCUCGGGCCCCUCCUCACCCCUUUGCCUCCUAACCCCCGAGAACUUCCCUCUCCCAGUGGGAUUGGCUGCGCUUUUGACUUGGCUGGUUCUUGACCUGGUGGAUGUGGCCGAAAUUCGGAAAAAGGAAAAAUGGAGGUGGCAGAGUGAAUCACUCUCCUGUCUCAGACACUGUCCAACCUCUCCCCCCCUUUUCUCCUCCUUGGAAGCUUGCUGCCUGGAGCCAAGUCCAGAACCCAGCCGGCCAUCUCCAUGGUGCCAAUUACCAGCAAGUGUCUUUCCUGUGGCACUGGGUUCAGGCAGCUACUCCUGCUCCAGAGCCGACGGAGCAGCUUUGCAAGGAUCCGGAGCCAGCUCCCGGGGGCCCAGAGCCCCCCACUUGAAGAGGAGCUCAGGCCUCCCUCCGCAUGUCUGUGGAAGGAGCUUUGCCGCAGUCUGUCUGAGUCCAUCUGUCCAUCCCCUCCUGCCUGCCCCUCUUCCGGUGGCUGUAGGAGUCGGGGUCCAGCAGGGAUCAGAGGAAAGGAGGAAAGGAAGUCUGGAGCCUGGUGCAGGGACUGCAGACCCCCAGGGCGCCUUGCUCCAUGGGGCUGCAGCAAGCCAGUUUAAACUGCUGGUGGACUGGAAAGAACUUUGUCACCUGUUGUGGGGGAGGAACUGUGGGACCCUGGUUUUCUAGAACCCCAAGCUCAGAUUACUUUACCAUCUCUGCAUUUUGGGGAUGUUGUGUCACAGGGGGAGGUUGAAGAAAGCUGGGGUUGGGACUAGUGGUGCCAAGAUGAGGGUUUCCCAAACAGAAGAAUUGCACCUUGUUGGAUGAGGUCAAAGGUCAUCUUGUCUACUCUUCUGCCUCCUCAGGUCAGAGGGUCUGGGAGGGGUAGAACUCUCCUAUUUUAGUCUUUUUAACAAACCGUCCUGUACCAACGGCAGAACCCACUGCUUCAGUUAUCUUGGCUCAAGGAAAGAUGGUAGUAGGCGUGAGAGAGAGAGAGGUGUAUGAAAGCACGAAUUGGGGAUUCCUUCUCCAGCAGGCCUGGGUCGCUGCCUUCCCGGCCCAGCCCUUCCUGGGGCCUGCAGGAGCCCUUUUGCAUGCUGGAGAGGAUGUAGGCCGGUCCCUCUUUAUAGAAGCACAUUCCUGCCACCCCCCUGGGAGGCCCCCAGCGGCCCACUACCCCUCCUUACCCGGUGCCUGCUGUGUAGGGUGUAGUCCAGGCUAGCUGGGUAGUUAGCAUUUCCAGCCCUGGGGCCUGACCUUAGCUCAUACGUAGUCAUUACAAAGUCCCAGGUCGGGGGUGGAGAGGAGACAAAAUACAUUCCAGGAGCCCCUGUCUCCUUGCUGGCCUGCUCCCAGACCGGGGCAGCCCCUCUGCCUCCCCCCACCCCUCCCCUGUCCCCUGUAGGGUUGUAGCUGGGGCUGCCAUUAUACUCAGAUGUUCUGAUUUAUUAUCCUUGGGACUGGGUUUAUUUAGCAUUGCUGGGGGUUGCUGGGCCUCAGUGGGGGCAUAGGGGGCGAGGGCCCUGGACUCCAUGAGAGGGUGUAGGUGUCCUUGGAGGACGCUUGGCUGUGCUUGGCUCUUCUCCAGGUCCCACUCCAGGCUAUUGUCCAGGCUGCUCCUGCCACCUGGAAACCCUCGCUCCCCCUCAGCCAGGCUGAGCCUGGGCGUCCCUUAACAUUCUGGACGCAUUAUCUCGCCACCAUGGAGCCGCCUUGUGCUGCAGUGGGAAAGGGAGAUAGAGGUGCCUCUGGAUCCAAAUCUUCAGGGCUGCCUGAGGUGCUGUGGGGCCUUGAUCUGUGCAGAGGGUAAAGCAGGGAGCACAGAUGUCUGGGAUGCAGGGAGGCCGGGCCUUGGGGUGUGCCCUUCCCAGGUUGAGGCCUGAAGACCAGUUAUGGGAGGUCCUGUCCUGGGAACCUGCCGGAGAAGCCCAGGGAGGGCAGGGCACUGGGUGGACUCGCCUCUAAGGCCAAGCCGGCCCCUCCUCCAUGUUUUUUUAACCAGUGUGAUUUCUCUGCUGCUCAUUUAUUACUCGCCAUUGGGAAUAUUUUGAGCCAGGAGAGCACCCUCCCUCUCCAAGCUUCCCUGCUCUGGUUGUUCAGGGGCAGCUUUUCAAAGGCGGCCAAAGCCUGGCUGUCCCAACCAGAGGGGGAGAGGCUGGGCACAGGCUUGGCCCUCCUCUGGCCUGGGCCAGAGAGCGAGUGAGCUCCAAAGCAAUAACAACAUCCUGGGGGUGGUCAGCGAGGGCCCCCCCAGUGGUUUUCUUGUUUGUUCUGUGAAAUCUCGGCUCACCUCCUGGAGGGGUGGGAUGGGGGCUGGAGCCCUGUUCAUUUGUAUCCUUGUUUUGUGAGCACCGUGCCCCCCUUCAAAGGGGCUCUGACCAUUUGGCGUGGAAACCACCGUCUGUCCUUACCAGGGAUGGGGCUUUGGGGAGGGGGUGACUAUUUUCAUCGUUAUUUUGGGGGAACCUUCAGACCCCUUCUGUCUCUGCUGCUGUCUGAUCCUUUGCCAGCAGCUCAGAUUCCACCAUGAGGGGCAAGAACAGAGAGGAGGGUGGUUGAGGGCCUUGGGGUGGGCUGGAGUCUCCAGGGGGUGAUUCUUUCUGUCUCUGGCCAGAGGUCACACGUCAGGUACUGGGAAAAGUGCCAUCUCCAUUUUCCUUCUCCAGAAUCCCCUUUUCAUACUAAAGGGAAAGGGCCUUUGGGACCAUUUAGUGACCCAUUUUACAGACCAGGGCCGGCGUGAGGGAAGAGCUGCCCCUGGGGUCACCUGUGAGUUCAGUGGUACCCGCCUCAGCCUGGGUCUCCCUCUCCCAGCAGAGGCUGAGCUGGAGCCAGGCAACAUGAGCUGCCACUUCCCACAGCACUUCCUUCUCCAUUCUCUCUUUGGAGCCUCCCCAAAAGAUGGGGAGGGCAAAUGGUAGCCCAUCUGAGAGGUUAGGAAAACUGAGGCCCAGACACAGGAAGUGGCUUGCCCCAGACCUCUUAGCAAAUGAGUGAUGGAGGCAGCGCUGGGGGCUUUGUCUGGCUUCCUUCUCUCCUGGUUGGGAGACCAUUUCUUGGGAAUAUCUAUUGUGCACAGCCCUGGGCCUCACAGCCCUGCUUGGUUCCUGCUGUGAGAGCCAGUAAUUCACGUUCUAGGCCUGGGUUUGGAGGAGAACGUUGCCAUGGAGACAGCUCACCUGGGGAUGUGGCCCAGCUGCGUGAGGGUGUGCGGGAUCUGGUCCAGCCCUUGCUGCUGGGUGGGGACGCCCAUGGAGGGGGCAGCAUGGUUCCAGGACCAAUGGGAGAGAGAAUGCAGAAGUGCUACUUCCUGCCUGGGCUGUGAGGGAGUGGGCGCAGCUGUGGUACACCCCAACUUAAGGAAAUCCACACCCAAACCUUUGGAUGUAAUAACACCUGGCCUUCCUGUAGAGCUUUUCAAACUUUGUGUUUUCAAAGUGCUUUUUACCUCGAGCGUGCCCUUUGACCUUCACAAGGUGGGGCGCCUGUGUUAUCACCCCCAUUUAAAGAGAUGGAAGCUGAGGUUCUGGAGGGGAAGGUGCUUGCAGGACCAGAGCUCAGUUCUCCUCCAUCCCAUUUCAGAGCUCGCUCUUCUGCACCAGGAGGUAAACUGGCUAACGUAGGGGGUGGUUGUGCACUUUGCAAGCUGGCUCCCCAUCCGGUCCCGUAAACCAGGGAGCUCCGGGGCGCAGCUCAGUGUUCAGAAGCAGCCUUGGGUCCCCCUCCCUUUGGAGGCACAGCUGUUGCGUCAGGCAAGGUCACCUGCAUUUAUUUAUUGAGAGCAGCACUGUGCCAGGCCCAGGGGACUGAGCCCCCCACUCCCAGAAUUCCCGCAGUGACUCUCGAGGUCCUUGGGGAGGGCCCCGUGUCUGUAGAGCAGCACCUCUGAGGGGAUGGAAAGCUUCCAUGUCCAUGAGCUCAUCUGACUCAUACACCCCCUGAGGUGGGCCAAGGGUGUCCAUUUUAUUCACAGCUUCUGUGAGGGCAGAGUGGGGACUUGAACCCGGGGCCUCAGCAUCACAUCUGGAGCCCUUGCACUCUGACUGCCUCCUGAGGGGGCAGCAGGAGGGCAGGAACAGGGCUCACAGGCAGCAUGGGGAGUGAUCCCCAUCCAUCCACCUUUUCUGCGUUCCCUUUCUGGGAACAGGAGCUGCCCGGGCCUUUGGUGAGGGUGGGUUUCCGGGGCCCCGGGCUAGAGUGGGUCACGUUGCAUUGUGUUCAUGACCAUGUAGCUCAUGUUGAAAAUUAAAGUUUUUGGCU